UGUCAGCGGCGGCGGGUGGAGGAGGCGGCGGCGGCGGGAUGGAGGGGCUCAUCCCGCUCGUCAACCGGCUGCAGGACGCCUUCGCGGCGCUGGGCCAGAACUGCCUGCUCGACCUGCCACAGAUCGCGGUGGUGGGCGGGCAGAGCGCCGGCAAGAGCUCCGUGCUGGAGAACUGCGUCUCCAGGGAUUUUCUUCCACGAGGUUCUGGAAUUGUGACAAGACGACCAUUGGUCCUGCAACUCAUCACUGCCAAAACAGAGUAUGCCGAAUUUCUACACUGCAAAGGGAAGAAAUUUACUGAUUUUGAUGAAGUUCGUCAGGAAAUCGAAGCAGAAACAGAUAGAGUAACAGGAAUGAACAAAGGCAUUUCUUCAAUUCCUAUUAAUUUAAGAGUAUAUUCUCCACAUGUCUUAAGCCUGACCCUUAUUGAUUUGCCGGGAAUCACUAAAGUGCCAGUAGGGGAUCAGCCUCCAGAUAUUGAGCAACAGAUCAGAGACAUGAUAAUGCAGUUCAUAUCCCGGGAAAACUGUCUCAUCCUGGCUGUGACUCCAGCGAACACUGAUCUGGCCAACUCCGACGCCCUGAAGCUGGCAAAGGAAGUGGACCCUCAGGGCCUUAGGACCAUUGGUGUGAUCACAAAAUUGGAUCUGAUGGAUGAAGGAACAGAUGCGAGAGAAGUUCUAGAAAACAAACUACUCCCUCUUCGCAGAGGUUAUAUUGGUGUUGUAAACAGAAGCCAGAAAGACAUUGAUGGGAAGAAGGACAUAAAAGCAGCUCUUCUAGCAGAAAGGAAAUUCUUUCUUUCCCAUCCAUCCUACAGGCACAUGGCAGAUCGGAUGGGAACACCGUAUCUCCAGAAAGUUCUAAACCAGCAACUUACCAAUCAUAUUCGGGAUACUCUGCCAGCCUUCAGAAGCAAACUCCAGAGCCAGCUGCUUUCUAUAGAACAUGAAGUAGAGGUAUACAAAAACUUCAGACCGGAAGAUCCAACCAGAAAAACAAAAGCCCUGUUGCAGAUGGUGCAACAGUUUUCAGUGGACUUUGAAAAGAGAAUUGAAGGAUCGGGAGAUCAAGUUGAUACACUAGAACUUUCAGGAGGUGCCAAAAUCAACCGAAUUUUCCAUGAACGUUUUCCUUUUGAACUAGUGAAGAUGGAAUUCAAUGAGAAGGAACUGCGUAGAGAAAUCAGUUAUGCCAUCAAGAACAUCCAUGGUAUCAGAACAGGUUUGUUUACUCCAGAUAUGGCAUUUGAAGCCAUUGUUAAAAAACAGAUAGUUAAGCUGAAAGGACCUUGCUUAAAAAGUGUGGAUCUGGUGAUGCAAGAGUUAAUCAACACUGUCAAGAAGUGCACUAAAAAGUUGGCAACCUAUCCAAGGUUGUGUGAAGAAACAGAAAGAAUUGUUGCGGGUUACAUUCGUGAAAGAGAAGAGAAGACCAAGGAUCAGAUGCUGCUGCUGAUUGAUAUCCAGGUUUCUUAUAUCAACACCAACCAUGAAGAUUUUAUAGGCUUUGCUAAUGCCCAACAAAGAAGCAGUCAGGUUAACAAAAGUGCAGUGGGAAAUCAGGGAACCAAUCUACCGCCUUCAAGGCAAAUUGUCAUUCGGAAAGGCUGGCUGACCAUCAACAACAUUGGCAUCAUGAAGGGAGGAUCCAAGGAAUACUGGUUCGUUCUAACCGCGGAAAGCUUGUCCUGGUAUAAAGACGAUGAGGAGAAAGAGAAGAAAUAUAUGCUUCCUUUGGACAACUUGAAAGUGCGAGAUGUUGAAAAGAGCUUCAUGUCCAGCAAACAUAUCUUUGCAUUGUUUAACACGGAGCAGAGGAAUGUUUACAAGGAUUACCGUUUCCUUGAGCUAGCCUGUGACUCCCAAGAGGAGGUGGAUAGCUGGAAGGCAUCUCUGCUACGAGCCGGUGUCUAUCCUGAUAAAUCCUCAGGGAGCAACAAAGCUGAAAAUGAGGAGAAUGGCCAAGCAGACAAUUUUUCAAUGGACCCCCAGCUGGAGAGACAGGUGGAGACAAUUCGAAACCUUGUGGACUCCUACAUGUCUAUUAUUAACAAAUGUAUCCGAGAUUUGAUACCGAAAACAAUCAUGCAUCUUAUGAUCAAUAACGUAAAAGAAUUUAUCAACGCAGAGCUCCUGGCUCACUUGUAUUCUUCUGAGGACCAAAACACUCUGAUGGAGGAGUCGGCUGAGCAGGCGCAGCGCCGCGAUGAGACGCUCCGCAUGUACCAGGCACUGAAGGAAGCCCUGGCAAUCAUUGGGGAUAUCAGCACUAGCACUGUCUCAACCCCUGCUCCCCCUCCUGUGGAUGACUCGUGGCUUCAGCAGGCCCGCAGAUCACCUCCUCCAAGUCCCUCAACUCCAAGGAGACCGACAUUAAACAAUCCCCCAACCAGACCUUUAUCUGGCCGAGGACCAGCUCCUGCAAUCCCAUCUCCAGGCCCUCAGUCAGGGGCUCCCCCGGUCCCGUUCCGCCCAGGACCACUGCCUCCGUUCCCAAGUGCUGGAGAAGCCCAUGGAGGACCUCCCCAGGUACCCUCCCGGCCCACCCGGGCUCCUCCCAGUGUCCCAAGGCGAGCUGAUACCGAUGGCUCCUCCCGUCCAGACAGUCCUCCACUCUUGCUUGAUCUAUGAUUUGUCCCGUCUUGCCGGCCGUUUGCUUUACUGCUGUCUCUUUACUUUUCCAGGACGGGAUGACUUCUUUUUGUAAGAAGCAAACGCUUAAUUUCUUUCUGAUUUUUUUGCUCUGUGUGUUAAUGCCCUACUUCGUAUGAGACAAAACAUCUGCCUUUGGUUUCAUAAUCUGUAAAUGGUUCCUGGUGUUGACCUUUGAGCACAGCAAGUCGAUUCCCGAAACCAUAGUCAUUACUGAGCAUCACAUGCACCUGCUGUAAAAAUGUUCUGCUGCAUUUCUGAACCUGAAAUAAACUGUAAUUCUUGAUGGGCUUUUAUUAUUACUUUCUGGAUGUGCACGAGUGGUCUUCUGUCUCUCACACCAUCAUCUCAGCAUUUCACACUCUGCCUGGGUCGGGACUGCAGGGAGGAUUUAUCAGAGAUGUGUGUUGCAUCUGGAUCACUGGAGAUGUCAUUAAAGGGGAGACAGGGAAGAUGUAACCCUUUGGCAAACAUUCAACCUGUUCCCUUGCAAGGGGCUUGGAGUGCUGCAGAGAUGUUUUGCUGGGAAAUAGAUGAAUGUUUUUCAAGCAGUACCUGGGAUUCACUUCAUUGCUGGGGAAAGCACGUUUUGGGGAGAUUCAGAGCUAAGCAGAAGGCUAGACUGAGUCCUCCAGAGCAGGAGCUGGAGUUAAAAUGUGCCUGUGUAUGUGUUAUGUCUGGAAGGGAUUUCCCCCUAAAGUGGCUGUGUAUGAAUGUGCAGAUGUCUUGAUUACUCAGUUCUUCCUUCAGAUCAGUAUGAGCCAAGUAGCUGCACUCGGUGCUUGGAGAUGGUCUCUAUGGCACAACAGCUUCCUGAGGGAGCACCGCAGUUGCUAAGUUGGUCCUUAGGUUUUGGGAAAGUAGGGAGCAAAAGGUGGGAUGAGCAAAGCAGGAACACCCCCGUUGUAUUCCCUUGGUUGCUGUAAUGUUUGGAGGUGUGCCAUCAGUGGCUGUUCCUGAGGGCAGUGUGUGCACUCCCCCUCAGUGAACAGCAGUGUCACACAUGUCCCCUCUGGCUGCAGUACCUUACGUACCCUGCAGGAGUUUGGCUACAGGCAUUUGGAGUUUGGUUCAGCUUUGGUCAGAGCUGAGUCCUCUGUGCUGGGUAACAGGAGGAGCAUCUGCUCCUCUCCAACCACUUCACUGGGCCAUCGCUGCCAAGGGUCUCCUGCUAUGCUUGGCAGGAGCCAUCACCCACGUUUUUAACCUUUCCCAGCAACGUCCCCUCCAGAUACCCCAAUCCACCCCCAGGCCAUCUUGUUUGAUCAUUCCCCAUUUCAUCAGAAUCUCUACUCCAAGAACAGUGUUUGAAGCAGAUAGUGGUGAGAAUUUUAAAGCUGGCUGGGGAAAAGCUCUUCCAGAGGAUAUUAUUUGCUGCAAGAAAAUUAGAAAGCCUGUGACCAGCGACCUCCACACCUGUGAUGUGAUUGUCCCAGUUGUCUGGCGCCAGCAAGUCAGAUGGGAAGUGGUGAGGAUGAAAGCUGAGGCUGUGCUGGUGGCCAGCUGAUUCUAAUCUCACUCUUGCUCUUUUCCUUAAUAUACAUGUUCUGUGCCUUUUUCUCUUAACCCAUUUAAUUAAGAUAAUUUUGUGUAUGAGUAUUUUUUUUAUAUCUUGACCUUUUGUUUUAAAUCUCCCUCUCUGUGAAUUUUGGGUUAUUUUUUGUUUUUUUCCUAGGCGACCUCCACGAGCUGUUCCAGGAAGAUCAUCCUAACACACACAUUUCUUUUGUGUUACAUGCAAGGUCUUUCUUUUUAUUUUUUUGUCCAAAAUUACCUUUAAUUUGCACUAGCCUACUUGUAAAUGAAAGAUUUUAUUUUCAGAUGUCAAUGAUAAGCCUGGAUGUAAAGCAAAUAAAAUUCUGACUACAAAA